AUGGCAGCUGGUGAGGACAAGACAAAUUUUAUGUUGGAGGCAUGUGAAGAAUUAAAGAACAAGGAAGGAAAUAAGAGCUUAACUGAUGAAAUUAUCAGGCAAAAUACUAGGCUGGAGAAUGCGAUCCACAAGCUUGAAGCUGAAUUAAAAGUGACCACCAGGGACUUACAGAUUAAAGAUGAUAUUCCUGGAACAAAGAUGAAAUUCACACCCAUGGAGAAUCCAGAGAAUGACAGCCAGUUUUUAAAUAUUUCCUAUUCAUUUCAAGUGAACUUACAAAUUCCUUAUGAAUUACAGAAAGGACAAGCACUCAUCACCUUUGAAAAAGAAGAAGUGGCCCAAAAUGUGAUAAGAAUGGGAGAACAUCAUGUGCAGAUAGAAGAUAGAGAUGUGAAGAUUAUGGCUCAGCCUGUUGCAUUAGACUCAGGAAUCAGAUUCCAGGUUCAUGUACAAGUUUCUAAAGUGAAGAUCCAAGUUACUGGAAUUCCUGAUGGAUUGCCUGAAGAUCAGAUGAGAGACAAGUUAGAGCUAAGCUUUUCUAAGUCCCGAAAUGGAGGUGGAGAGGUGGAAUGUGUGGAGUAUGACAGUACAUCCCGAAGUGCUAUUAUCACAUUUGUGGAACUUGGAGUUGCUGACAAGAUUUUGAAAAAGAAAGACUAUCCUCUUUAUAUAAAUCAAAACUGCCAUACAGUUACUGUUUCUCCAUACAUAAAAACAAACUUGGAAAAGUUUCAGGUAUUUUCAGGAAUAUCUACCAGGACUGUGCUUCUGACUGGAAUAGAAGACAUUCAGGUGGAUGAAGAAACUGUAGAGGAUUUAGUUAACAUUCACUUCCAACGGGGGAAGAAUGGUGGUGGGGAAGUAGAUGUGGUCAAAUGUUCUGUAAGCCAACCUCAAAUAGCUUAUUUUGAAGAAGAGACUUAUGGAAUCAUAUGA